UGGGGCGAUGAACGGCUAAUAAAAUCCUUUAAGUCCAUACUGAGAGUUGAUGUUUUUGAUCAUGCUUUAUUUGUCGUGACGUGGUUUUUAGGUGAAGGCUUGGAUAAUUUUUGGCGGGUUCUGUCAGAGGGGGAGAACUGUGUUGUGGAUAUUCCAGCCGAGAGGUUUGACAAGGAUUCCUGGUAUGAUCCUGAUGACAGCAAACCCGGAAAGAUGCAAACCACCAAAGCUGCUCUUAUAGACGGGUUGAACGAGUUUGACCACAAUUUUUUUGGUAUUGCCGAGGCAGAGGCGGAUGUCAUGGACCCUCAGCACAAACUGCUCCUUCAGUGCACCUUCAGGGCCUUGGAGGAUGCCGGCGUCCCUAUGGAAGGCAUCAGUGGAAGCAGAACUGGAGUUUAUAUCGGUCUAAUGAACCGAGACUUCGAAAUGCUGCUGAGUAACAGCCCCGCCUCCAUAAGUCACUACAACGCCACAGGGACGGCCAUGAGCCUGGCAGCCAACAGGAUCUCCUUUGUCUUCAAUCUCACUGGGCCGUCAUUUGCCUUGGACAGUGCAUGUUCCUCUUCCCUGGUGGCUCUGCAUGUAGCUUGUCAGGCGAUAAGACAAGGGGAUUGUGAGAUGGCACUGUGCGGAGGUGUCAACUGCAUUUUGGAGCCCCGAGUGUUUGUGGCCCUCAGCAAGGCAAGGAUGAUUUCACCCGAAGGCACCAGCAAGCCCUUCUCCAACCGAGCAGAUGGCUACGGCAGAGGCGAGGGCUGUGGCGUCGUUCUUCUUAGGCCGCUCAAAAAUGCGUUACAGGACUGCAACAAAAUCUGGGGUAUCAUCGCCAAAACGGCCGUUAACCAAGAUGGACAUUCGGUGUCACCCAUCACCAAGCCAUCCUUGAAUCAACAAAAGGAGCUGCUGCACCAAAUAUACUCAGAGUGUGACCUAGCCGAUGUCCAGUAUAUCGAGGCUCAUGGAACUGGAACCCCUGUGGGAGAUCUGACAGAGGCAACAAGCAUCGCAAACGUGCUCUCCCAAUCCAGACACGGCAGUAUAGACUCUCUGCGGAUCGGCUCUGUGAAGGGAAAUAUCGGACACACAGAAUCUGCGGCCGGGAUGGCCGGACUCAUCAAGGUGCUUCUCAUGAUGAAGUACCAAACCAUCGUUCCGUCUGUUUUCUACUCCCAAGACCGUUCUGGCAUAGAUGUUGAGGUCAUGAGAAUUAGUAUUCCGACAAAAGCUGAAAAGUGGGGGAGCAAUGGUUUGUGGAAAAGAGUAGCUGGGAUCAACAGCUUUGGGUUUGGAGGCACAAAUGCUCACGUCAUUGUAAGAGAGUUUAAGCAGACGACACAUCUCGCACAGAUCCCAAAAGAUGGACCCAGCCUUUUUGUAACAUCAGCAGCCUCUGAGAAAUCCUUAAUCCGAUGCCUCACUGAUAUCCACAAAAGGCUUCUCGACGGUCAAACAGCUGACGCGCAGGCAUUAUGCUACACCUCAGCCUGCGGACGGAGCCACGCAAAGCACAAAUACCGCAGGGCUAUCGUCAUGUCAUCCCUCGACGAUUUACAGCAUCGGCUGGCGUCUUCAUUGAAAGCAAAAGUGGCGUCGACAAAGUCGAACGCUGCGGUGGUGUUUGUGUUCAGUGGAAACGGCGUUGCGUUUAAAGGCAUGUGCGGGCAGCUCUUUAGCACCAUUCCUCUUUUCAAAGACAAGGUGCGAGAGGUGGAAGUCCUCUUUCAGAAGAGGAACCAACAUAUCAGAAUCAGUCAGUGGCUUUCUGGAGAGCGUGACAUGAAUGCCCUGGGUCAGCCGGACGUUGUCCAGCCUCUACUUUUUGCUCUUCAGGUGGCCAUAGCAGCUCUCUUGAAGCACUGGGGCAUCAAACCCGACACGGUUCUAGGGCACUCCUUAGGCGAGGUCGCUGCUGCUCACUGCUCUGGUCUCUUGUGUCUUGAAGAUGCUGUCAAAGUCGUGUACCACCGCAGUGUGCUUCAAAGUAGGGCCACCGUUGGAAAGAUGCUUGUGGUGGGGAACAUACUUGUGGAAAAGGUGCUGAGAAUCCUUCAGGAUUUCUCAGAGAAUGUUUGCGUGGCUGCCUUCAACAGCCCGGAGUUUUGCACUUUGUCUGGAGAUGAGGAAACCGUCGAGGUCCUCCGUGACAAACUCACCAGGAUGUAUGUCGAUGAGAAUAUCUUUCUUCAUAUUUUAGAUGUUCCAGCGGCGUACCACAGUCAUCUAAUGGAUCCGAUCCUUGAAGACAUUCAGAGUAAUUUAGAUUGUUUGGCUGUCAACAACAUGGAAUGCAAACUAUUUUCCACCGUGACAGGAGAAAAGUAUGCGUGUGGUGACUUUGUAACUGGUAGCUACUGGGCAAAGAACAUCAGGGAACCAGUUUUGUUUGAGCGAGCGCUGCAUGCUGUCACAAGGGAUAAGCAGUCAAGGAGAAGCGUGGUCUUUGUGGAGAUUGGACCUCGUAGGGCUCUUCAAAGACACAUCCACGAAACUUUAGGAAAGGACGUUAUUGUUCUCCCCUCUGUUGAACCGCAGAAAGAACAUCAAACCAUCUUGUCGACAGUGGGGAAACUAUUCGAACUGGGUGUCAACAUGCACUGGCAGGAGUUUUACCAAGGCUAUAAAACACCACCCACGGUGUUCCCAGUCUAUCAUUUUGACAGCACAAAGAAAGAGAUGAACUUUGAGGAUGUCAGACAAGGAUAUGACUGGUCUUCUUCACCACAUCUGCUGAUAUCCCAGAUAAGGGAAAACAACAACGAGUACGUAUGCAAUCUGACGGUGGAGACCGCGCCAUAUCUCUUGGAACACAAACACAAUGGCAUUGCCAUCGUGCCCGGCGCUUUCUACGUGGAGCUGGCUUUCGCUUCUGCGGUGGCCCAUUUGAAACCCAAGAGGCCCAUCUCCUUCAUCCAGCUCAGUGUUGCAUUCCACAAUCUGCUCAUCACUGACAAUCACCAAUUGAAAGUGAGGCUCGAAGAAACUAGCGGUGUCUUUACGAUAAACUCCCCUGCUGCCACUCACGCCUCAGGUACCUUCAAGUGCACAGAUGGACCGGCUGUAUUCGAGGAACCAAAUAUUUGUCCGGAGGGAAUCUUUAAAAGGUGCAGUUUGAUUGUAACAACCACCGAAUUUUACUCCAUUCUUUCUAGAGCGGGAUUUGAUUAUGGCCCCGUUUUCAAACAGCUGGAUAAUGUGCAUUUUGGUGAUGAAUUUAAAGAAGCUGUGACAGCAAUCCAUGUCCCAAAAGAACUCUUGAAGCAUCUCCACGAUUUCUUCAUCCAUCCCGUAUUGUUGGACUACUUCUUGCAAAUGACUGCUGUUGGAGCCAUGAGGCGUCUCUCAGUCAAGCAGGGAUUCCCAUCGGCUAUUGGCAGCAUUGUCAUUUCAGGACCACCUCAAGAGGAGAUGUUUAUUUACAUGCGUGCAACUGAAGAGAAGCCAGACUUCCUGAAAUUGUGCGGUUGCUUUGCUGCCAAAGAUGGGAAAGUCCUGGUGGAACUUCAGGAGGUACGGAUCACGUUUUUGGGUGGUGGUUUGCCUGCUCCGCAAUCGGUGUUUUUCCAUAAUGAAAUCGUCCCCAUCACAAGUAAGAUAAACGUUGACAGGAAGAUAAGGGCAUUGGUUUUUUCAGACAAGCUCGGCAUUGCUGAAGCACUUGGGCCAUACUUGGACCCGGAGUCGUCCUUCGUGAAGGACAGAAAUCACUGGACGCCAGGCCAACUCCGAGACUUUCUUGGCAACAGCAUGAGAGAUGUUGUCUUCAUCUGGGCCGCGGAAGAUCUCAGUCACUUAUCAGCUGAUAGAACGCUGGACUGCUUGGUGGCUUGCUGCGAGUCAUUCCGACAGGUUAUUUUAACUUUAAAGGAAAGCCAACAUUCUUGCACUGUACGUGUUAUAACCUACAGGUCCACGGAGAUGAUUGUAGACUAUGUGAGUUCUGGUUUUGUGCUGUCCGGUAUGAUGAGAGCUUGUGCGGCAGAAGUGCCCGGUAUCUUUUUUCAGCUCAUUGACCUAAUGUCUCUAACCGGAACGGACAUUGAAUCUUUAGUUGGCGUCAUCAACUCUUGCACACAAUCGGAAGUCAUUGUUGGUCACGGGCAGGUGUCGAUACCGUGGUUAACUCGUACGCACGUAGCCGACAAAGUAUCAUUUACAGGUGACAUACAAUCAGUGAGAGGUUUUAUCCUACAGACCAGUCAUCCUUACAGAGUGGAAGGCUUGACUGCUUGCCCCAAUGACACGAAUGACAGCAGCGUUGUGGAUAAAUCGGUUGAGGUACAGUUAACAAAUAUCUGUGUCCAUUCAUCAGAUUACUUCCCGGUGACACUUUCACACCUGGAUUUUGGAGAGACGUUGUAUUGGAACAAUUGCACCGCGCACCAUCACACACUGCUUGCUCUCGACUAUAGCGGCAUUGUGACGGCUGUCGGGAAAGAUGUUUGCAGCCUGAAAGUGGGUGACCGCAUUACGACAAGUUACCCGUCUGCAUCAGCAACGAGGGUCGUCAUUCCAGAAUCUGUGUGUUAUGACACCAAGAAACUUCCGUUCCUGGAAGAAUGUCCAAGCGUGUCCUUCUUCAUCUUGGCAUGGGAGCUUCUGCAGCGCACUCUUCCCACUGUGAAACCACAACAACAGAACAAAUUGGCCAUCAUCACUCCAGACUUAGCUUCUGUAUUGCUCAAAGUUCUCGCAUUGACAGCAAACAGGUCAGGCUGGAAUGUGUCCUGUUUACCCCAUUUGUCAAAGCAAAAGAUGAGUCCUGAUCCAUUCCGAGCCUUUGUCUUCCUGCCUCCAUAUGACGACUCUUGGCAAGACUUAAACGAAGAUGACGGCCAUGAGCGACAUGCUGUGUUUGUGUGCGGAACGUACCAGUCAUCUCCACGCUGGAAAAACGGGUUUGCGUUCAAGAGUCACUUCUUCCAUGUGCAUGUUCUCCAUGUGACUCGUGUUCUUCAAAGAGUUUACCUCAAAGCGCAAGGAGCGUCCAUCUUGAAGUGGCUCACGACGCUCGGCUUUGAUCGAGCGUCUCUGCCUGUUAAAAGGGAUACCUUUCAGAUCUCAAGCACGGCAAAAGCUCCGGCUGACGAGUCGUACUUUGUCUCCAAGACGGUGCGACAAGUGGUUUUGGAUCAGAGAACGCCUAACUGCCAGUUGUCUGACAUCGUGCUGCUGAGCAAACCGAGACAGCUCUUUAAAAAACACUGUACUUAUAUCGUAACUGGAGGCCUCACCGGUUUGGGUCUCGAGACUGUUAAGUUCAUCGCCUGCAACGGCGGCGGUUGUAUUGUGACGCUGUCCAGACGCAUGCCAACUCGGGAAACGCAUUCUGAACUGGAUCUCAUCCAGAAGAGGUACAACAUCACCAUCGUGAACUUUCAGUGUGAUGUUUCAGUGUUGCAAGAAGUGGUGGAAGCCAUCUCAAAGACUGAAAUGAGUUGUUGUCCCAUCAAAGGAAUUUUUCACAGCGCUGCAGUGCUCCACGAUGCGCCCAUAGAAAUUCUGAAUGCGUCCCUCUUGCAGAAAGUACUGCAGCCCAAAGUGAGCGGCGCCCUGAAUCUUCACAAUGCCACGCUCCACAAAAAACUUGACUUCUUUGUCUGUUACUCCUCCAUCUCAUCACUUCUUGGCAAUGAGUCGCAGUCCAACUAUGCAGCAGCCAAUUCGUUCCUUGACACCUUUUGUCUUUACCGGAGGAACCUCGGUCUGGCCGGACAGUCCAUCAACUGGGGUCCUCUGAACCUCGGCCUCCUGUUCAACAAAAAACAUGUCCAAAAACAUCUGGAGAGCAAAGGGCUGAUGGUCAUGGACGUGGGAGAGAUUCACGAAGCUCUCGCCAAGGUCCUUCUCACCAACAGACCUCAGCAACUCGUAUGCAAGUUUAACUUUAAAAACGCCUCCCUCAGGGAACGACUCUCAGCUUUGGCGGAAGUAGAGCUAAAGGACAGUGGGAGCAUUGAGCCACCAGUUCGGCAAUCGUCUUCCCCACAUGAAAGCGUGAGAAGGAUCAUCGGCGACAUUAGAAACCUUGCUGAGGACGAGUUGGAUGACAAUGCCACUCUGGAUUCGCUGGGCGUUGACUCGAUGUUGGCCAUGACACUUCAGAAUAAGAUAUUUCAAGAGACGAGUGUAACUAUACCAUUGGUUAGGCUACUGGACCCAAACAUGACAGUGGUAGCCUUGGAAAGUUUUGUGACAAAUAAUAACGUCAUGAGGAAUUAGUAUUUUUCUCAUCAAGAUUAGAAUAAAGUGUAACCAUCAUAUAUUUGCUGCGAAACUCACAUUGUUCACUGUUUUUGUGUUCAGGCCACAGCACUUUUGAGACCCCUGUUUAACUUUUGUUAAAAACUUUGGAUUGGAAUGUAUAAAUGCAAAAAGCAAUGACGCCUGAGUGAACAGCUCUUUAAUCUGAUUGUAAUUACAGCGAUCAGUGCAAAGAUUUGAUCGUCCUGUGACGUCGACAACAUAUCCAUGACAAUCAGAAGUUUCUUUCUCUCCUAUUCUUCAAUGGCAAUAAAGUGCUUGAAUGUUUUUAUCUAUCAACUCGACCGUCACGUAAAUCAUUCGCUGAGGACUGCAGUUGUAUUGUUUUUGGGAUGGCGAAAAAAAAGGUAUGUGAACUCAAGUAUUAUACAUGACCGUAUUCUCUCUGCCUGCUAUUUAACUCGCAUGUCUUGUGCCAUGUCUUGUGAUUGGUCACUCCUGAAUGUGACAAAAUGCAGCGACAAGCACUCACUCACUGUUGCUUCAAUACACCACAGAUGUAUUUGGUUUGACCGCUGGUCUUUUUAUUGAGACACUGCGCAGUUGGCAACGCACACAACACAGGAAUGAUUGUAAAAGUUCAUACUCAACUUGGACAUUGGUCACUUUGUAUUUGGUCACUUUGCAUUCCUCGUGGCUCUGACUGACUACCAACAAAAUAUUUAAUUUAUUUUAUUUCAAAGCAAAAUAAAUCACAUAUUACGACAGUGUAAGCAACUUAUGUACUUUUAUAAACAGGUACCACAUGAAUCAAAGACCACAUUGAUUUUGAAAGCAAAAAGUAGA